AUGGCCAGCACUUCAAUACUAUUAGUUCUAGGACAGGUCUCUCUUACAAUGGUCCUCUGUGCAUUUGGUGAAAGUUUAUAUCAAGAUUUUGACAUUUUAUGGGGAAAUGAAAAUACUAAGAUACUCAACAAUGGAGAGUUAAUAAGAUUGUCCCUUGAUCAGAAUUCUGGGUCAGGUUUGCAGUCUAAAAAGGAAUAUUUAUUUGGGAAGAUCAGUAUGCAGCUGAAGCUUGUUCCUGGCAAUUCUGCUGGCACUGUCACUUCUUACUAUUUAUCUUCAAAAGGGUCUUCAUGGGAUGAGAUAGAUUUUGAGUUCUUGGGGAAUUUGAGUGGUGAUCCUUACACUGUUCAUACCAAUGUUAUUACGCAAGGCAAAGGCCACAGAGAGCAACAAUUUCGUCUUUGGUUCGACCCAACUUUGGAUUUUCAUACCUAUUCCAUCCUAUGGAAUCCUUUAACUAUUGUGUUCUACGUUGAUGGGUUACCAAUAAGACAAUUCAAGAACAUGAACUCCAGUGGAAUUGCAUACCCUAAAGAUGAAGCAAUGAGAAUCUACUCAACUAUAUGGAACGGCGAUGACUGGGCUACAAGAGGAGGUCUCGUCAAAACAGACUGGGCAAAAGCUCCCUUCACUUCGUCCUUCACAAAUUUCACUGCAAAAGCCUGUGUUUGGUCUUCUUCUUGCUCUCCACAUGAUAAAUGGCUUAAAGAAGAGCUCCAUGUUGCCAGUUUACAGAGGCUGAAAUGGGUGCAGAACAAGUAUAUGAUUUAUGAUUAUUGCACAGAUACUAAGCGUUUUGCUCACGGACUUCCUCCCGAAUGUUCACUCACUAACACCACUUAG